AAUUAGAUAAACAGAUUUAGUAUGAUUUUACGUCCGUCCGUGAACAGUGACAAUAUCGUAUAGUUGAAACAAAUACAAAUGUCAAGCAGUGAAACUGGAGUGUUUAUUGGAGUGAGUGCUGGCAAAGGUCCAAUUCUUGGAGCUCGCCAUCUUCAAACACUUUUACUUCAUCUAGCGAUGGGAAUUUGCUAUGUUUCAAAAAUUUACAUUGGCAUUGCAUUGGUCGCAAUGACUGAUGCCCAAACAACAAAUCCGAACUUUCCUGAAUUCGAUUGGGAUGAAAAACAAAGAUCAUACAUUCUUAGCAGCUUCUUUUGGGGAAGCUCUAUUUCACAAAUUCCCGGAGGAUAUGUAGCUAAAAGAUUUGGCGUAAAAGCAUCUUUAGUAAUUGGUAUAUUUGCAAGUGGAAUUUUCGGUCUUUCGGUACCGUUUUGUGUGACUUGGGGAGGAUGGAAAAUAUAUUGUGCCAUUCGAGUUUGUCAAGGCUUGUGCCAGGGUAUACUCUUUCCUUGUAUCUAUCAGCAUGUAGCUUUGUGGUCACCUGUGGAAGAACGAAAUCGACUUGGUGCGCUCAGUCUUAUGGGCAUUCAAACCGGCACGAUCGUUGCAAUGUACGUUACUGGCAUGAUUGCUGCAUCAGAUUUAGGAUGGCCUGGUAUUUCGUAUGUUUUCAGUGGAACGGAAAUAGUUUUCAGUUUACUUUUGCUAAUUUUUGCUGAAAAUACUCCAGCUAAUGCAAAAGUUAUAACAGAUGCCGAAAGAAAAUAUAUUCUUAAUUCCCAAGAAAGUGUGAACAAUGCACAGGAAAGGAAAAAGAAUGUAAAAGUACCAUGGAAGGCAAUAUUGACGUCUGGACCGUUUAUAUCACUUUUAGUAGUACGAACAUGUGACAGUUGGGGCUAUUCAACGAUGAUGGCUCAAAUUCCAGCGUUUCUUCAUGGAGCUUUGAAAAUGGAAAUCACAAAGAAUGCCUUAUACUCAGCCUUGCCCUAUGUGGCGACUUUUGUGUUAUCAUUUGUUUUCAUGAUAUUAGCGGACGUAAUAUUGAACCACAAAUGGAUAUCAUUGCUGGUACUACGAAAAGUUUUUAACACAAUUGCUAUGUGGAUUCCAGCAGCAUUCUUGAUAGGUAUUGGAUUUCUUAGUGAAAGUCAAACAGUUUUGGCUGUAGCCUUUUUAACUAUGAGUGUGGGUUUGAAUAGUGGUGCAACUAUUGGUAGCAAUAUGAAUGGAAUCGAUUUGGCUCCAAAUCAUAUAGGAAUUUUGAUGGGGCUUGUUAAUUCCAUGUCAAGUGUUAUUCGAAUUGUGAGUCCAAUUGUUGUGGGAAUAAUUGUUAGUGAUGAUACUAACCGAUCACAAUGGCAGAUUGUGUUUCUGUUAACAGCCGGAUUUUAUAUUUUGGGGAACUUGCAGUUUUUGCUUUUUGCACAAGCUACAGUACAACCAUGGGAUAGUGAAGAUUUUAUGACUAAGCGUGGUAGCCAAAGAAGAGUUAAAAUGACAAGAGCAGCAUAGUUAGUUAGCUUUUUUGGAUCAAGUUAUAUUCUCUACAGAAGCUAAAGGUACAAUAUUGUGUAAAUAAGAUGCUUUGUAAGUGCUUUUCCGCAACGGUUUUUAAAUGAUAGCAUAAGCGUUAGAUUAAAUUUACUCUAAGCAAUUUUGUAAAUGUUAUAAUUUAUUACACUAAUAAUAAAAGUAUAUUGUCAUUUUAAAUUUA